AAUCAUAUGACCUGCUGCUGCUCAUUCCUGUAGUAUCUCUGACACACGGGCGCGAGCGCGGUACCUCUGUACGACGUAUCUCCGACGCUCUCACCGAGAUGAGCUCAACCUUAACAUGAAUCAGACCCUUCACUGAAAUACCAUCGGAUAUCUGUUCAGAGAGUAUUCACUUCAGUCCAUAUCUUCAGAAGAGACGACAGUGACAAUAAUUGCGCGAUACGAUGCCUGAAGAGAAAGCGUUUCACCAGCAGGCUGUUCACAGUCCCCUUGACCAGCAGAAGGGCAAGCGGCAGAGCGGCCCCACCCCAUGUCAGAACUGUGGAAAGCCGUGCAAAGGCGAAGUUCUGAGAGUGCAGAACAAACACUUCCACAUCAAGUGCUUUGUUUGCAAAGUUUGUGGUUGUGACUUGGCUCAGGGAGGCUUUUUCGUGCGACAGGGCGAGUAUAUCUGCACUCUGGAUUAUCAGCGUCUCUAUGGGACCCGGUGCUUCAGUUGCGAAGAGUUUAUUGAAGGGGAAGUUGUAUCCGCCCUGGGCAAGACCUACCACCCUCGCUGCUUUGUCUGUGCCGCCUGCAAACACCCGUUUCCAGCCGGGGGCCGCGUGACGUUUAAUGGGAAAGAGUGUAUUUGUGAGAAAUGCACACAGCCCGUGCCAGUCAACAGCAAGGCCCUCCCGCAGGCUGUGCACAAUUGCUGUGGGUGUGGAAAGGAGUUUGAAAAUGAACAGUCACUGGUGGCGUUAGACAAGCACUGGCACCUUGGCUGCUUCAAAUGCAAAGUGUGCAAUAAAGUGCUUAACGCAGAGUAUAUCAGCAAGGAUGGUAUUCCUUACUGUGAAGCAGACUACCAUGCCAUGUUUGGCAUCCAGUGUGAAACCUGCAAGAAAUACAUUACCGGAAAAGUACUUGAGGCUGGAGAGAAGCACUACCAUCCCACAUGUGCCAGAUGUGCACGCUGUGAAAAGAUGUUUGGGGAAGGGGAGGAGAUGUACCUUCAAGGUUCUUCAAUUUGGCAUCCACUUUGCAGACAGGCUGCACGCAUGGAGGAAAAGAGCAAGGUGACCAGAACGUCCUCAGAGAGCAUCACCUCUGCUCCUGCAUCCAGCACGUCAGGCUCCCCGAGCAGAAUUAUCUAUGCAAAACUGGGUGAUGAACUUUUGGACUACAAGGACCUGGCCGCUCUUCCUAAAAUCAAAGCGAUUUACAACAUUGACAGGCCAGACAUGCUCUCAUACUCUCCCUAUGUGAGCUACCCUGUGGAGGACAGAACCUUUGGGGAGUCACCCCAGCAACUUACCCCUACACCAAGUGAGGGAGAGGGGGAAAGGUCUCCCCGUCAGAGAAGGCCCUCCAGCCCAAGUUCCACCAGUUCUUUAGGAGGAUACGGCCGAUAUACACCUUCCCGCUCACCACAGACCUAUAGCAGACCAGAUUAUUCCAAAACCCUGCACGUACCGACUUUGGGUAGGAAUAGCGACCGUGGCAUUGCCAGAGACUCCUCCCCACUCCCUCCUAGCAGUGGUAGAAACACUCCACAGGCGGGGGGCUGUGGUGUUGCCCUGCCCCUCAACCCAACUACCCUGGCUUUUCUCCAACAGCACAACUAUAUGCCUUAUUUCAGAGGCAGUGAAAGUGGGCGGAGCACCCCCAGUCUCUCCACCUACUCUGAUGGCAAAUCUCCAUCAACUGCGUAUGUGGCUGCCCCACGACAUUUCCAUAUCCCAGAGGAGAAAGUCAAAGAUAAUAUCUUUAGAAAACCCCCUAUCUACAAACUGCAUGCUUCGAGAACCUCCUGGCAAGAUGGCGAUGACAUAGACAGAAAGACCAGAACAAGUUGGAUGAACCUUAAAGGAGACAUUGAUGGACAGUCUCCAGACAUGGACCCCAGAACCUCCACCCAUAGCUUGCCCACUGAUAUAUCCCAACCCAACUUUCCAUACAACAAGUCUGCUUCAUUGCCAGGAUACGGCCGGAACGGCAUAUUUAAGGCAGCAGAUCUUGGAGAGGAUGAUGUAGAUCAAGACUCCACGUGGAGUGGAAUGAGAGAGUACAAGGUUUACCCCUAUGAGAUGCUGAGUGUGACUCACCGGGCCCGUGUAAAACUACCACGUGAUGUGGACCGCACCAGACUGGAGAGACACCUGUCACCAGAGGACUUCUACAGUGUGUUUGGGAUGACCAUUGAACAGUUUGACCGUUUGGCCCUGUGGAAGAAAAAUGACCUGAAGAAGAAAGCCCGAUUAUUUUAAACCUGACGAAUUUCUCGAAGGAAAGCAAAAAUAAAGAGAAAGCCCAGUCUCUCGCGCCCUGUGUGCAAGGAGGGACGAGAGUGAGAAAUAUAUAUGCACCUCCAUUCUGCUGCGUAGCUGCUGUCAUCCCAUCUCACGCCGAGUAAGACGGAGUACGUCGAACCGCUUUAACAACUAUGACGAUGUUUGUCACCUAGCUUCGUGUGUGAAUGCCUCACCAUGCAAUCUGAAGGCCACUUUGAUGUAAGAGAGACUGGAGUCAGAACUGAACUGAGCUCUCCAAGGCUCUCCUGGUUUAUCCUCUUGGGUUGUAUUCUUCCCCCUCCUGUCUUUGUGACUACUGCGUUGUUCUCACCCUCGAUAUCGCUAUAAGCCUCAUUCUUUACAUUUUCUACUGCUGAUAAAUCUGGCUGUUCAGCUAUGCUGUUUUUAAGCUGUGUAAUACUGUCUGUCUGCCCAUAUAGAUGUCUCCUUGUAUGUCUCCUUUGUCUGCUCCUAGGGUGGGAAUUCACUGAAUGAUAUGUGUAUGUCUCAUAGUGCCCGAUAUUUCUGUUGAUUUAGCGCCUGGAGAUUGGCCAAUCGUUCAAACACAGCCAAAAAAAUCUGUGUUGAACACAGUUCGCAUGCCACAAUUCUCAUUGGGGUCUUUUAGGGGCUGUGGCACACCAUCCUAUUCUGUCAUACUGUACUAGAAAUGUACAGCAUCACUCACAAGCAUCACUUGUGAAAUCACUCUAAAUUUGCUAUAAAAAAUGUGAAUGCUUUCGUUUCAUCAUAAUUGAACAAAUCAUUUCUGAUCGAUAAAACACCUCUAUUUUAAAUUAAAUUAAUUUGUGAUUUAAUAGCGCAAAUUGCUUCUUUGAAUAAAUUCCACCAUUUUUUAUUUACAUACAGUAUAAAGAGAGCUAACGUAAAUACAGUGGUGCUGUUCUAUCGUGUUUAGCACCUGGGUUGUUAGCGUCACGUGAAUUCACCUCAUCUUCUGUCUUUCUGUCACUCUGUCUCGCUUGUUUCUCUUCAGUCCUCCAAAUAUCCAGCCACUGCUUGGACUGUAAUAUCGAUCAUGUAAUAUCAGCUUGUCUUAAUAUCAGAAGCUCUUUCAUUCAUUGCUUAAGCAUGACCAAAGACUCAGUCAGAGCAAGGAGUCAACUAUCUUGUGAUCAAAGCACCUUAUAGUUGAUGCGUUUAAUAAUCCUUAAUGUUCCUGCGAGCGCUGAUAGCUGGAAAAAUACGUGAACUUUACUGUGUUACAAUAUGUAUUGGUUUCUUUUUUCAGGUCAAUGUGAGAUACAUUAUUGGAUCUAUAUGACAGUUAAUCCAAGGUUAUCAAUAAGACUAUAAAACACAUAUUCUCUCUAUGCGUGCACAAUAUAAUAUUAGGAUCCUCUAAUCAAAUACAUCAGGCAUUGGACAAUGCAUUCAUCUUUGACAUUGUUCUAUACAAUUCAGCAAAGAAAACCCUUCAGAAUAUUUUUGUAAUUUUUUUAUUUGAUACUGAGGUUUGCUGGAUAUUUUAUUUGCUCUUUGCAAAUAAUUGAAGCAUUGACUUUAGCAUGGAGCCAUGCCAAAGGUGAAAUAUUCUGAAUAAGUUAGCAACGCUGAUAUAACACAAGACUUAACAAAGCAUGCAGUUCAAUGGCGCUUCAUUUUACACCCAAAUACGAUUGAAUGUGUUCAACUUUUGUUUUUAUUCUUAAAUGUGUGUGCAGUAUAAUAAAUGUCUGUUACUCUGAUCUUGUCAGCCUGUUAAGCAUGCACAGAAUAUAGAAGGAGUAUCUUGUAAUGGCUUAAUACGGAAUUGAUCUUCAGAGUAAAAUUAUGACGUUUAAUUUCUUGAGAUCUUUUGGUAAUUGAGACUGAAAUCAGUGUUUGUUUUCGUUCAAGAUUUUCAAUUGUUUUUUUAUUUUAUUUUUGCUUUGCUGAAGACAAAUUGAAAGUAUUUUUGGUUCAAUUAUACAAAUAUAUUACUAAAAUCCUAAUAGGCAUCCUAUUUGAACUGCACAAACCGCUAGAUUGUUUUUCUUCAUUGUUGAUUGUAAAGGAAGUGAACUUGUUCGCAAAUAGAAAUCUGUUUUUCUGUUUGACCAUAAUGUAAACAUUUUCAUGCAGUUCAAUUCGCAAUCACCGGUCAUCCCAAAAUCCAUUGUUCUGCGAAACAUACAGUAAAGCUUGUCUUCAACACA